UAAUGCUCAUGACUCCAAGUCCAACCACAUCCAAAACAGAGCCCCAAAACAGGUGCACCCCAAGUUUUCCCUUGUUGUUGGUUUUUUUUUCAGACCAAACCAAGCAAAAAUAGCAGCCAUAGUUUUUUGACUUUUAUCAUAAUUUUUUCCCCAUGGGAAGCUCAGGAGGAGCAGAAGAAGUCUCCACCAUUGAUGUCAAAACAGCCAAGGCUCUAAUCAAUUCUGACCAUACAUAUCUUGAUGUUAGGACAGUGGAGGAGUUCAAAAAGGGUCAUGUUGAAUCACCCAAGAUUCUCAAUAUUCCAUAUCUGUUUAACACACCAGAAGGUAGGGUGAAAAAUCCAGAGUUCUUGAAGGAGGUUUCAUCUGCUUGCAGCAAAGAAGAUAAGAUUGUUGUGGGUUGUCAAAGUGGGGUCAGAUCUUUGUCUGCAGCUGCUGAAAUGAAAAAUGCUGGUUUUAAGACUUCAAUCAACAUGGGAGGAGGUUAUCUUGCUUGGGUGGAGAAUGGUUUUCUUACUCAAAAACCAAAAGAAGAGCUUUAGUGGGAUUUUUUUUAUAUAAAUAUUUAUUUAUUAAAAUUGAAAAUAGGAAAAGUAAUGUAUUAUGGUUUACAUGUUGGAAAGCAUUUAUUACAUGUAGACAAAACAUAGGUAGGUACAUGUUUUGCAAAUUCUCUUUAGUGCUUUCCUAAACGACAUUUAACUUCAUAAACGACAUAUGAUAUGAUUAAGAGGUUUCUGUUA